AUGGUUCAGUACCAGAGACUAAUCAUCCACCAUGGAAGAAAAGACGAGAGGUUUAGAGUUUCAGCAGAGGAAGGUGGUGGCUUGAAGAGAGCUAAACAAAAGUUUCUUUCUCUUCUCUUCCUCUCUAUCCUUUCUUGCUGCUUCAUCUUGUCUCCUUAUCUCUUCGGCUUCUCUACUCUCUCUUUCAUAGAUUCGUUUGGCAGAGAAAGCGAAAGUCUUACUUCUUAUGAGCCACUCACUGCCCCUCUCUGCUCAGAUGUCUCCAAUGGAACCAUUUGUUGUGACAGAACCGGUUUGAGAUCCGACAUCUGUGUAAUGAAAGGUGAUGUCCGAACAAACUCUGCGUCUUCCUCACUCUUCCUCUUCACCUCAUCCACCAAGAACAACACAAAACACGAGAAGAUCAAACCCUACACAAGAAAAUGGGAGACUAGCGUGAUGGACACGGUUCAAGAACUCAACCUCAUCAUCACCAAAGAUUCAAACAAAUCUUCUUCAGAUCCUGUCUGCGACGUCCACCACGAUGUUCCCGCAGUGUUCUUCUCCACGGGAGGAUACACAGGAAACGUGUACCACGAGUUCAACGACGGGAUCAUCCCUCUGUUCAUAACUUCGCAACGUUUCAACAAGAAAGUUGUGUUUGUGAUCGUCGAGUAUCAUGAUUGGUGGGAGAUGAAAUACGGAGAUAUCGUCAAGCAGCUCUCUGAUUAUCCACUUGUGGAUUUCAACGGAGAUUCAAGAACGCAUUGUUUCAAAGAAGCAACCGUUGGAUUGCGUAUUCACGACGAGCUAACAGUGAACUCUACGCUAAUGGUUAACGGGAAUCAAACCAUUGUUGAUUUCAGAAACGUUUUGGAUCGAGCUUACUCGCCUCGUAUCCAAAGCUUGAUUCAGGAGGCGAACGAGACAACAACGACGGUUGAUGUCAAGAAACCUAAGCUGGUGAUUAUGUCAAGAAACGGAUCGUCGAGAGCGAUACUAAACGAGAAUCUUCUUGUGAAGCUUGCGGAACAAACCGGGUUUAUUGUGGAGGUUCUUAGACCGGACAAGAGGACAGAGAUGGCUAAGAUUUAUCGGUCGAUGAACACAAGCGAUGUCAUGAUCGGUGUACAUGGAGCUGCAAUGACUCAUUUCCUUUUCUUGAGACCGAAGACAGUUUUCAUUCAGAUUGUUCCGUUAGGGACUGAUUGGGCGGCAGAGACGUAUUAUGGAGAACCGGCGAAGAAGCUUGGAUUGAAGUACGUUGGGUACAAGAUUAAACCGGAAGAGAGCUCUUUGUAUGAUGAGUAUGGCAGAGAUGAUCCUGUAAUCCGAGAUCCGGAUAGUCUCAACGAUAAAGGAUGGGAAUAUACGAAGAAAGUCUAUCUACAAGGACAGAACGUGAAGCUUGACUUGAGAAGAUUCAGAGAAACGUUGACUCGUUCCUAUGAUUUUUCCAUUAGAAGGAGGUUUAGAGAGGAAGUUCCACGUCUAGUUGCUACAUAG